AGAGACCUAGAGAGAUCGGGAGGAAGGCAAGUGCCGGUGAAAUGAAGGGUCCUGUAGUAGUGACUGGAGCUGCUGGUUAUGUCGGAUCAUGGCUUGUCAUGAGGCUUCUUCAAGAGGGUUACAUAGUCCGGGCGACAGUUCGGGAUCCCACUAAUCUCACGAAGACAAAGCACUUGUUGGACCUACCAGAAGCGAGCGAGCAACUUACCCUUUGGAAGGCAGACCUGGAAGACGAAGGCAGCUUCGAUGAGGCAUUCCAGGGAUGCACUGGAGUUUUCCAUGUGGCAACCCCGAUGGACUUUGACUCUCCAGACCCUGAGAACGAAGUGAUCAAGCCCACAGUCAACGGAAUUCUGAGUGUAAUGAGAUCGUCCAAGAAAGCCCAGACUGUGAAACGUAUCAUCUUCACAUCUUCCGCCGGAACUAUGGGCGUCCAAGAGCAGCAGCCUCCGCAAUAUGAUGAAACCUGGUGGAGCAAUAUUGAAUUCUGUAGACGAACCAAGAUGACCGGCUGGAUGUAUUUCGUGUCGAAAACAUUGGCAGAGAAAGCUGCAUGGGAGUUUGCAAAGGAGAACAACUUAGACUUCAUAAGUAUCAUCCCAACCCUAGUUGUUGGUCCCUUUAUUAUGUCAAGCAUGCCACCCAGCAUGCUCACUGCCUUGGCUCUGAUUUUGGGAAAUGAAGCUCACUAUUCAAUUCUGAAGCAGCACCAACUGGUUCACCUGGAUGACCUGUGCAAUGCUCAUAUUUUCCUAUUGGAGCAUUCCGAAGCAGAGGGAAGAUACAUCUGCUCCUCUAGGGACAUCACCAUCUUUGAGCUUGCAAAGAUGUUGAGGGAAAGAUACCCUGAAUACAACAUUCCUACCACGUUUAAGGGUAUUGAUGAAUCGAUCAAGCCUGUCCAUUUCUCUUCAAAGAAACUCACGGAUCUAGGCUUCAAAUUCAAGUACACCACGGAGGAUAUGUUUGAUGGAGCUAUCAGCUCAUGCAGGGAGAAGAACUUGAUUCCACUUUAG